AUGGCUCCACGUACUAGAAGUCGUGUUAAUAGCUCACAAGAUACUACCGAAGAAAAGGCUACGAAGCCGAGCGAAACACCCGUCCAAGAGAAGCCUGUCUCGUCACGAGGAAAGCGGAAGUCAAUUGGAGACGAUAUCGACAGCGAUCGCGACGAUGGAGACAGCGCUCCUCUGAUACCAGAAUCAGGAAGUCCCAAGAGACAAAGAUUAGCAGUCCGGACGAGAGAAGAAGAAACCACUCCCACCGGACGGAAGACAUAUAUUGAGGUCGAAAUACCUGUAUCCAACAAGCCCGAAUCUGUCGCUAUUCCCGACUCGCAAGAUUCAAAUGAAGGAGUGGUAGAGUCAGGGCCCGAUGCCGAACUUUCAAGCGCUUCAAAACAAUUAGAAGAGGAAGCCAGCCAGAACUUAGCGUCGCAAUCAUUAGAACCCGAACCAACGUCUAGUUCCAAACCAAAGGGAAAACAUGUCGUAUUUGGCGAUGAUGACGAUAUAGAGAAGUUUGUGGCUAGCGCUGCGGCGCAGGAGGACAAGAAGGCGGAGAACGAGGAUGAUAAAAAUGAGGUAGAAGAGAGCGACGAUGAUGAUGCGCCCGAAGCAGUGUCCACUCAGGCCGCUGCCAAGGAGGUGCAGAUGGCGGCACAGGCUGCUUCGGAGGCUGCGGAGAAACAAGCCGCAUCCUUAAAACGAAAGCGCCAAGAAAAAGACAGUCUCUACAAACAACAAGCCGAGCGAAGAAAACGUUCGCGCGCGACGGUAGAAGUACAUCAGCGCAAGGCCAAGUCUUCUGGUAAAGAGCGCGGUUCUAGCGAGGAUAACGGCGUGGCCGAGGUCGAGACAGCAGUAACAGCUGGACGAAGACGGGCCCAGAAAUUCAACCUACCCACCGUUUUACCCGCCGAAUUCCUCACAGAUUCAUCGAGCGAGGAUGAAGAUUUUGAUGAAUCUGCUCUGAGGGCUAUCAAAAAGCCCAAGAAAAUCAAUUUUGAAACAGAGAACAAGAGACCUAAAGACCAGAUUGUGGGAUCUACGCGGUAUAGAGUCUUGGCUGAGCAGGGAGAUCAGAAGCUGGCUCCUAGGAUACAGAAGAAUGCGCGGGAUUCCAAGGAGAGUCUGUUGAAAAGGAAACGCGCGGGUAUGGUGGCUGGUGCUGGUGCGGGUGCAAAGAAGGGCUUCUUUGUUAGGCGGUAG